UGGAGGAGGGAGGAGGUUCAGACGGGGGAGGUCGCCUUUCCGAGCAGAUAUGGAGGCUCCGCAGUUGAAAGAAAAACUCUUCUAACAAAUGGAAACCUUACUUGUUGCUUUCCUUACCGAAGAGGACGUCCUCUCUUCUUCUUUCCACUUCAUGCUUCAAUUGUUCUUCUGGUUCUUUGCUCUAUUUUGGAGGAGGCGCUACCUGUGAAUGAAAAGGAUUGCUUUUUUGGGGGCUGUAAAGGAUAGCAGCCAGUGAAAUACAUUGUCCAGAUCUGCUGUGUGAGUUGCUGUAAAGUUGAAGAGCAUGUGCUUGCCAGUUUUACUGGAAGUAACAGCAGUGCAUUCACUGUUGAUAUGAAGAUUUUGGCUUUUACCACUUUUCAUAUGUUUUACUCUUCUGUGUAUUUAAAAACCACAGUCAUUCUGCUUCAGAAGUUGGCGUUAGAGUGGACUUGAGUGUUUUUUCUUUUUCCGGAGCUUCUCUCCCCCCUCUUAUCUCUCCAUUCCUACCUCCCUCAACUUUCUGUCCCUCUCUCUUUUGUGUACUGUGGAGAAGGAGGAGCUCAGGACCAAAGGGAAGAGGACUAGGCAGUGAUGUUUCAAUGUGCAUCCAUUGCCACGGAAAUUAACUCAGUUGACUCUGCCCUCUCCAUGGAAGCACUGUGAAACAAUCAGAACCCUGCUGCCAGCUAGCUAUGGACUGCACAGAUGCUAUUUGGAAACCAUGUGCCUGUUCUAGAACCAAGUGGUGUCGGCAUGAGCGGUCCUCCAACCACCGUCGCCCAUGGAGGCUGCUGCAUGGCUGCAGUUGUGGCAGAGGUGUCAUGGAAGCGGAUGUCGUCAACCACGCCUCCUCCCUCCUGCGGCGUUUGCUGUUAUAUGUUUGCUGUUGUCUGUCCAGUGAGGACAGCACUGAGCUGCGACGAAAUUGGGUGGCUCCUCCCAAUGGAGCACAGAGGGGAGGACGAAGAGAGGAGGAAGGUGAGGACGAAGAGUUGGGACCUCCUCCCUCAGUGGACGAGGCGGCUGAUGCUCUGAUGACCAGGUUGGGCUUCCUGCUGGGGGACAAGAUAAUCAGUGGAGAGCCGGGGUCCCCUUACCUAGCCCAGGACGAUGCACAGAGGAUCUCUCCUUCCUCCAGUCUGGCCAGUAGCAGCACCUCCCCCUGCUCCACACUGCAGCCCCCUGCUGGAGGAGAAGGCAACAGCGACAACAAGCAUGUCUCCUCCAACAAUGCCUCUGUCACCUCCCCCACCUCAACACUGGAAAGCAGAGACAGCGGCAUCAUAGCCACGCUGACCAGCUAUUCUGCAGAGUCAGCAGCAGAGCAGUACAGCAGCUCCAAAUACCCGGGAGAUGGUUACCAUGGGAGCAGCCUCCACCUCUGGCCAGCAGGUGGCCGGCCGGUGGUGGUCUCCACCUCCUCGUCCUGUAUGGUGGCAGUGGAAAGCGUUAACGACCACCUUCUAUACAGGGUGGACGACAACAUUGCCGCCUCAACUUACAGCCUCAACAAACUCCACCCGGACCGAGGCUCUGUCGCUGCACGGUCUUUAGGCUCCACCCACUCCAUACCUGUCUACCUCAUGCCCCGCCCCAAUUCAGUUGCUGCCACUAGUUCUGCCCACCUUGAGGAUCUGGCGUAUCUGGAUGAGCAGCAGAGACAAAUCCCUUCAAGGACAUCCCUCAGAAUGCCCAGACAGAAUUCUGGGAGUCGUAGUCAACAGGACCACAGAGGUAAACACAAGCACAUGCUCUCAAACACAAACACAACACUCAUUUUAACAAGCAGUAUAACAAUACUCUCUUCCCCUGCAGUUCGUUUUACUCCCUCUCUCAGCCUGAAGCCCCUGCACUUUGAGGUUCCCGGUCUCUCAUCUGAUUGGCUGUUCACUGGCAGGGAGUGGCUCUUUCAGGAAGUACAUGCCUAUCUCUGCAGCGAUGACCCGUCAACCAGUCGGGGCGUGGUGAUCUUCGGCAACAUGGGCUUCGGCAAAACAGCAAUCAUUGCCCGACUGGUGGCGCUCAGUUGUCAUGGAAACCGAAUGUGGCCUACUGCUGCUCGGAGCCAGAGCACUCCAAAGCAUGUUGCACCUGUUUCUCUCUCCAACGAUUCCCUGGGAAGAGGAGGAGGAAGAGGAGAUGAAGGAGGAGGAGGAAGCUGUCCAGGAACUCCAGAGUUGAAGAGGAGACAGGAGGAAGCCCUGAGGAAACUUGCAGGACAGGUAGUCUCAUAUCAUUUCUGUCAGGCUGACAACAGUUACACUUGUCUGGUUCCGGAGUUUGUCCACAACAUGGCGGCAAUGCUAAGUCAUGCACCUCAACUGCUGGCCUAUCAGGAGCUACUGCACCGGUCGCCGCAGCUACAGAGCACGCUCAGUCUACGCUCCUGCAUUCAGGAUCCAAGCUCUGCCCUCCAGAGAGGAAUACUGGAACCACUCGAAGCUCUCCACAGAGAGAGGAAGUUGCAUGUGGAAGGGGCAGGGCUUAUUGUAUUGAUUGAUGGGCUAAAUGAGGCAGAAUUCCACCGGCCAGACUACGGCAACACACUGACUUCCUUCCUGUCCCAAAACGUCCCAAAAUUUCCUCCUUGGUUGAAGAUCAUCACCACUGUCAGGACCAGUCAACAGGACAUCACUUGUUCUCUACCUUUUCAUCGCAUCUCCCUGGACAAGAUGGAGGAGAGCAAUGCUAUAGAUCAAGACCUGCAGGGUUACCUGAUGCAGCGUAUCCAUAGCAGCAGCGAGAUCCAGAGCAACGUGUCGCUGAGUAAUAGCCGUUUUGAUAACGCGGCACUCACCAAACUGAUCAGCCACCUUAAGAGCCUGAGCAAAGGCUCAUACCUCUACUUGAAACUGACACUGGACCUGAUAGAGGGUGGAUACCUGGUCCUGAAGAGCUCCAGCUUCAAAGUGGUUCCUGUCAGUCUAGCAGAGGUCUACCUGCUGCAGCUCAACAUGCGGUUUCCCACCCAAUCGUCUUUUCAGAGAGUUCUGCCGUUGCUUAACAUCACUGUGGCAUCACUGCACCCACUGACCGACCAGCAGCUGUUUGAGGUAGUGAACUCUGCCGCUCUGACUGGAGGAACGCUGCAGUGGGACGAGUUUUCCCAGCGUCUCGAGCAGCUCUCGUCGUUUCUCCUGAGGCGGAGCGACGGAAGCUGGAUGCUGAACCACGCCUCCUUUAGAGAGUGGCUGGUUUGGAGGGAGGAGGGGCAGGACGACAGGUUCCUCUGUGACCCCAGGAGUGGUCACACUCUUUUGGCCUUCUGGCUCUGCAGACAAGAAGGGAAGUUGAAUCGACAGCAAACUCUUGAGCUGGGACAUCACAUCCUGAAGGCUCAUAUCUACAAGGGUCUGAGUAAAAAGCUUGGGAUUUCCUCCUCAGUUCUACAGGGGCUGUGGCUGUCCUACAGCACAGACAACCUGAGCCCUACUCUGUCAUCUCUUCGCAACCUCUACACCCCUAACAUCAAGGUGAGCCGGUUGCUGAUCAUGGGUGGAGCUGAUGUGGAUUACCAUAGUGGCGUCCUUAACAACGCCCCUCUUUUGUGUGUGCACUCCCAUCUGGGCCACACGGAUGCCGUGGCACUGCUGCUCGAUCAUGGAGCUCAGGUGGAUUCUCAGUCACAUGAUGGUUUGACUGCACUGGGAUUUGCUGCUGCUGCUGGACAUAUGGACAUUGUCAUCAUGCUGAGUCAGCAGAGGGCUAAGGUGGGUCAUGUGGAUAGCUCCGGUCAGUGUGUGUUGGUGCACGCUGCUCAGCGAGGCCACCUCAAGGUGCUGGACUUCCUGUUGAAGCGUGCGGACUGGAGCUGCACUUCCUGCUGUGGCCAGCGGGGAGCAAGCAAGACCCAUGCAGUGCAGCAAGCUCUGAUUGCAGCAGCCAGCAUGGGCCACACAGAGAUGGUGUCGUAUCUACUAGAUCUUCCAGAGGAAGAUGAGGAAGAAGAGGAGAGACCUGAGAUUAACACAUCUGACACUCUAUGGGGAGAAACAGCUCUAACAGCAGCAGCAGGAAGUGGCAGGCUGCCUGUGUGCAGGCAGUUGUUGGAGCAGGGUGCUGCUGCUGAGCAAGGCAACAGGCGAGGUGUGGCUCCGCUCUUCAGUGCCGUGAGAUAUGGCCACUGGAAGGUGGUGGAGUUGCUACUGAAUCAUGGGGUGGAUGUGAACAUGAUUGACCAACAGGGUCGAACAGCUCUAAUGACGGCAGCCUCCGAGGGACAUAUGCCCUCCGCACAGCUGCUGCUUGAACAUGGAUCCUCUCUGGACCAGAGCGACAGAGAGGGGUUAACAGCGCUGAGCUGGGCAUGUCUCAAAGGCCAGAUCCCCUUGGUCAGAGAGCUGGUGGAGAGAGGUGCAGCCACAACUCAUGCUGACCGCAGUGGACGAACACCUCUGGAUCUCGCUGCCUUCCGUGGUGACCCAGAAGUGGUGCAGUACCUGGUGGAUCAUGGCGCAUUGGUGGAACAUGUGGAUUGCAGUGGGAUGCGUCCUCUUGACCGAGCGGUCGGCUGCAGAAACACUUCCGCUGUUAUUGCUCUGCUCAAAAAGGGAGCCAAGAUAGGGCCAGCAACUUGGGCCAUGGCAACAUCUAAACCGGACAUCUUAAUGGUUCUGCUCACUAAACUGAUUCAGGAAGGAGACAAACUGUACAAGCAAGGUAAAGUGCGAGAAGCUGCUCAGUCCUAUCAGUCAGCACUUCAGAAGUUUCCAGGAGACGAGCUGAAGACAUUCAGACAGCUAAGAGUGUGUGUGCUGCUCAACCUGUCACGGUGCCGCCGGAAGAUGAAUGAUUUUGACCUUGCUGAGGAGUUUGCUACCAAAGCACUAGAACUGAAAGCUCAAUCCUAUGAGGCCUUUUAUGCCAGAGCCCGGGCCAAACGCAGCCGCAGACAAUUUCAUGCAGCCCUGGAGGACCUAAUUGAGGCCAGCCAUCUGUGUCCAUCUAAUCGGGAGAUCCAGCGUUUGCUGUCCCGGGUCAAGGAAGAGUGUCGGCAGGAUCCUCAACAACAAGAGCCUCCCUGUCCUUCAUCACACCAUGCUUAUGAACAUAACGUGUCCAUCAACGAGGCCAGGUGCAGAGAUUCAGGUUGUCUGCAGGUGCAUGACAAGGAGGGGCUUCCAGAGGAAGAGGAGGAAGAAGAAAAGGAAGAGGAGAGGGUUGAAAGGGAAGGAGAUCCCCCUCCACACUCCUCCUUCCACCCUCCACCUGUGGUUCAAAGUAUUGACAUUCACUGUCGGCCUGCGAUGUCAUCACCCUCCUCCCUCUCCCCUAGUCACCUGUAUCAUCACCUCCCAAGUCCCAUCCACUCUCCUUCCUCUUCAGCCUGUCAUUCAGCUCCUCAUCCUCCUUCAUCCUCCCUUCACAAUUUCAGUCCUCCCUCCUCACCAAAACAGCAUCAAGCCAACCCAAUGUCAGAAAGUAUCACUGCAUUGUCAGGGAUUGGUGUGCAACAAUAUCCACAGUCCUACUUAGCUCUCCAUCACUCAGAUCAGAAACAGGGAGUGCAGCAAUACCACUUUUUGUCUGAUCAGAGAUCACUUAAGAAGCAAAACCCUGCACAAGGCCAAUGGCUUACACCAGCCAAAGCCCAGGUUGUUAGAACCAGUCAGCCUAGUUCUUCAACCCACUCCAGCAUGGUUUUGGGAAGUUCAGCUUACUCACAGUUUGCCUAUCUGCCUCGAGAAUUGGAUGAACUGGGAGACGGAAUUUGCUCCAGUCUCCUAAAUGUCAGGCCUAGCCUGCAGGUCCAGGCUGGUCUUAAUUAUGUAGCUUCAUAUCCACUUGAUGAUUUAGAUGUUGGCUUGACUUGCCAGUUGAGACCUGCAUCUGGCUUUGGGAGAGGAGCAGGAGGGGAAAUGGUGGGGAACAACCGGUUCGCCCAGGCCCGUCAGUUCAGCCGCAACCAAUCCAAAGCAGCUUCCUACCCAAUGGAAGUUACAGAGGCAACAAUGGGGCUGCCUGAAAGCCUUCCAUCAUUGCAUGAUUAUCAGUACCAUGAUCAGGGUGGGCUGCGACGUCCACUUAGCACCCAUCCAACCUCAUCCACUGUCUCCUCCACCAGGCCUCUCAACCAGAGUUUCAGUAUCUGUUUCCCCACCACCAGCAGCAGCCUCGCUGGUGGGCAGCCAGCUAAUCAUGGAUCAGGCUUCAGGACCUCGGCCUCCACACAGCACAUGGAUUUACCUUCAGAUCUUGCCUCUAUUGGAGGGGUUACUGGUUAUCAUGAUGAUCUCUCUCUGAUCUCUCCCCAGUCAGAAAUAUGUAUGACAGGAGGUGGGACUUAUCCUGGGGAGGGAGGUCGGUCGUCAAGGAGCACUCCUUUUAUGGGUGUUAUUGACAAGACAGUGAGGGUGCAGCAGCAGUAUCAGCAACAAGCUCCUUCUAAUUCGUCAUCCUGUCUCAGCCCCUCGCGCUCCUGGGCUGUGUCUUCAGUGGACACAGUGGUUACCCCACCUGGUAAAACCCUACCCAACCAAGGAGGCUUCAGUCAACCACAGCCCUCCUCCAUUGCCUACCACAACCGCAGCAACAACAAUGCCCACAAUGGUCACAACCACCUCGAUUACUAUGAGGUGCUGCCAAGUAGUGGUUCCCAAGGUGAGAGCUCGAUGCAGGUUGCUAGUCACAAUCCCUCUUACCUGGACGUAAAGCUGGCCCGAACAUUGCCAGUGAUUCAUAGCUGCUCAGACAGACCAACUGAGAGAAAGACAGGACCUACCUCUCCUGUCAAACCAAAAAGACCCUUUGUUGAGUCCAAUGUAUAGAGAAAGGUUUAAAUGUUAAGUCAGACACAAGGGAAGAAGAGGGUCAAUCAAGAUUGUACAGAAACAUUCCAAGAUUCACAGAAGAUAUGGAAUAUGUAAGGUUGGGCUAUGCUUGACACUAAUUUAGAAGUUUGGUGUGUUUUUCAUAUUUGCUGUUGGUACUAAAUUAAGAGGGAAUACAGUAAUAGUUGUGGGCCAUACACACCCAGGUCCACUGCUGCAAAAGUAUGUAUACUUGUCAGAUUGUUUCAGAAAGAUGAGCACUUCAUGUAAAGCAUUUCUUCUUCUGUUAGGCUUAUUUGCAGGUGGUUAACAUACAAACCUGAUCUGUUGCAUUGUUAACCAGUCAAAGACAAGAACAAGUACAAAUGGAGGGAGGAAAACAUCAGAAUUCGAAGAAAAUUAACCUUUUGUUCUGAACUGACAUAACAAAGCACAAUGAUGAAUAGCAAGAUUAUAGAAAUUGUAAACACAAAAAAGACUGAAAAAAGUCCUCAUUCUUUACCUGGUUAUCUCUGGCUAUCUUAUGUUUCUGGAAGUCCAUAUUACACUGCUCUGGAGUUUCUCUGCCAAGUUUAUGUAUGAAACCCCAGGUGGUUAAGGUCAGACAGGAGAGACACAAAAGCACCACUUUGCUAUUGACGCCAAUAAUGAAGAUUUGCAUUUCAAGUUUGAAGCGCUUAAAUGACACAAUGACUGGAAACCUGGACACAUCCAUGCUCUAGAACUUGUGCCAGGCAGAUGUUGGUCAGUGACCCCGACCUAAGCCAUAGUUUGAGAAACUAGGAUUAUGCUGUCAUUGUAUGAGCACUGACUUACUGUUUAUAAAACAAAAGUAAGUGAUAUUUAUCUUUUUUAAGUUAUGUCUGCGUUAACCUAUAUGGUGAGUGUUUCAAUUAGGAUAUGUUGUUUUAUCAUUUGGAGUAAUUUUCACUAAGAACAAAGGAAUGUUUCCAGUGGACAAAAAAAAAAAAGGAACAUUAAAGUACAGUUUUGUUCAGUUCUGGGUUAAGAACUCUUCUUGCUGGAACGAUAUAAUUAAUUUACAAAGAUGAACCUGAAACAAUGCCUUUAAGAUUUUUCGUAUGUUAUUACUUCAUGUAGGAUUUUUUAUUUUGUUUUUAUCAAUAAGGUUUUUUGUAUCCUGUGGUGACAUCAUUCCCAAACUGAUUUACCAGGGACUUGAUGUGCAUUGCCAUGGAAACAGUGCUUAAAAUUCCCAUGAAGUGCCCAAUGGCCCCUCCUACUCUCAGUAAUUCCUUGAACAGUGAUUGUCCAGUCAUAGCUCAUCUAACUUGGCAAAACAUGUCCUAUCUAUGUCUGGAUUUCUCUUUACACAUUGAAACAAGUGCGAAUGGAGCUGUAGUAAAAUCAAUCCUCUACAUUUGAAGUCUUGUGAUGUCUCCCUUUGUUUUAGCCUUUUAAAAACAAAAAAGCAAGGAAUGGCUUGAUGUGCAAUGCAUUUAUCUGCUGUAGUGUAAGCUGUAAUCCAAGGACAUCAUUUUUUCUCACUCAUAGAGUCCAGUAAAGCUAAAAGUGCUUUUGGCUUUAGGCCUUUGACCAAAAUGUUUUUGGCCUCUUGAAUGGAUCGAAAGUUGAACUAAUUAGAUGUCGGAAGUCAAAGGUCACUUUAUCAUGUAUGUAGCCAUCAGUUGCAUUUUAAGUCCCAUAUACAUUAUUCAAAUUCCAAAACAAUUCCAAAAAAACCACACACACAACAUUUUCUUGUAUGGCAUAUUUUCAGCUUCACAUUUCACAUCGCAUAAUAAACAGUUGAUGACAGAACUGGGAAGCCUGCAUUAGGUUACCUUUGUCUAAGAUCAAUAAACCAUUGUUUCAACAAUUAUUAACAAUUAUUUAAAGACAACUGAUUGAUUAUCUGCUUUGAGAGAAUGGAAAGCUUGGCAUGUGUAGAGACAGUAACAAGAGGAAGAAGUGAACAGUCAAUCAACGCUAGUUUUCAAGAGGUUAUGACCGAUAAACUAUAUUCAGAAAAUGGGACUAAACUUUGAAGUUUCUAUGUAUUUUAUGCACACGAAUGCCUGUUUUUUUUUUGUAAAUUGAAUUUACGUUUCUAAUGAAUCAGCAAUUCUCUGCCAGUGUUGCUAGUGCCGAUGUAACCUAUGACCUUUAACUUCUCUGUCAGUCUCUAUGACCACUGCCCUUUUCUCUUUCUCUGCUCAGGAGUCAUUAAAACAGUGUGUUGUGCUUUAUAUGUAGGAUUUCAUCCCCAACCUUAGGGGUCUCAAGUUUGAAACACCAUGUUAGAACAGAGCAGGGUCAGUGGUCCCUGUUAGUCGUGUUACAUGUGUGCUUUGUCACUGUGUGUAAGGUCAUAUUUUAAACCCAGGACUGUUACAUCAGCAUGUACAUAAAUAUUACGCAUUUAAAAUGUGUUUAAUCGUUUCAUGUGAAAAGGUUGACACCUAGAAUUAUAGAGGGAUAAUGCGGAAUGAAAGACAGAUGUGUAAUUGUAUCUCUCGGGGAUUGAAAGGGGGAAUAAUUGAGCUUGACUUGAAUGUUACAUGUGGUUACCCCAGAUACAUUCACAUUUCCCUAUGCUCAGCAUAUAAAUGUCAUUAUAUGUAUGCUCUACCUUACAUAAAUGAAUAUUGAAUAUGAAUAUUAAAAAGCACACCGCAUUUGUUAAUGUCAA